AAAAAAGAACAAAAAUGGCCAGGAGGAGCGAUGGGGGCGUAAGAAAGUCUUGUGAAGAAAGCAAUCUGAGGACCAUGCAUCCGUGACUCUUGGAACCAGCCUGUGAGCCAGGGCGAUGGAAGUUCUGGAGGGCCGCCAGCGUACUGCUUCCGUGAGCAUUCCCAAUGGAUUUGCCAACAGGAUUUUCCAAGGGAGCAUGGAGGGAGGGAGCACUGAUGCCUUGGAGGCCUGUGGUGCUGAGCACUGCGCCUCCGGUGAUGCAAACCCCGGUGAGCAGGAGGAAACACACAGGUAUAAGAAAACAACCAAGGGCAGCCGGAUCUGGAAUUUCGUCAGACGAAGGAAAGGACUCUCUACGAAUAAAGACAGACCCCAGUCCAUGAUUCUGCUGGGAGUUGCCUCUGAGGUCUCAGAAUUAAAAAAGCCAUCCUUCAUGGACAGGGUACGCUCGUCAAAAAAGGGAAGAUCCUCCAGGACGCCCAAGAACGUGGAUUUGAGAGCACCCAGAGGGCAGGAUGUGUGUGACCCUGAGGAGGAGCUUCACUGCAGUGGGCAGAGAGCUGUCUACAGGGUGAAGAAGCUGGGGGACGGCCGGAGACCCUCCCGCCACUCCUACGCCGGCUACAUCGAGGACUUGGACUCUUCUUUUGAGGACAUAGAGCUGAACAUCAGCAUUCCUGAACUCGAUGCCACUGAAAGUAAAUGUCUCAGGGAUAUCAGUGGCAGAUUACACGGUGAGGAUAAUGAUGGACCAGCCAGGAAGAGCGAGUCUUUGAAUUUUGAGCACGUUAAGAGUCCUGCAAUUACAGAAGGGGACAAUCAAAAGAGGUGUGCUGUGCUCCCACAGGAGAGCAGGAGAGGAAGGAGCUCUGAUGUCUGGAGCUAUCUGAAAGGAAUUUCAUUAGCUAGCAAAGAUAAUUCAAAGCUCCCAGAUCAAAGGGCUGAAACCAAUUUCCAGAGUGUAGAAAAUACAACGGAUCAUUCCGCUUCUUACUUGGACUUUGAUACGAGAUGUGAGGAGAAUCUCAGCCAGCGAAAAAAACCAAACGGUGCCGCCAAAGCCACUCACUUUGGGGGCGUAGUGAGGUUCCUGAGCAGCGUGGCCGAGGCGGCUCGGCGGCUGCGGGGCUCCUCGAGGGCGUUCUCCCCCGACGAGAAGAGGCCUCAGCGCAGUUUCCGGGGCCGCAGGCAGGAUGUUGCCUCCCCCAAGGAGGGUUUGGUCAUCGAGAACGAGAGCGCCAAGGCCUUUUGCACGGUGGGAGCCUGUCUGCAGUCCCCGGAUUCCGGCACCUGGGAGAACCUGAGCUUUGAGAGUUUAGCGGGGAAGGAGAACUGCAGAACCGCGGAUGGGCUGAAAGGCCUUGGUUCCUCUGGUCUGGACAGUGGGAAUGACAGGCUGAAUGCAACCCCGUGUGCUCCCUCUGGGCCAGAACCACUCGUGUCCCAGCUGGCAGAGCUGGCAGAUGGAUCUUUCAUUGAGCUGAACAGCAAGGAUCCCUCUGAGGAUCUGCUUGAACUUCCACAGGCGACUCUGGCUGAACCAAUUCAGGACUUGGGCACGACUCCAGAGAAGACCCAGGUCAUGGCCGGGGACCUGCUGCCUUCCCAUGAUCUUCCUGUGAAUAGCUGGGAUUCUGGGGGCCUGGGCUGUUCUCCAGCUGUCAGUGGGGACUUUUCUGCAGAAACUGAAGUGCAGACCCACCUCCCACUGGCAUCGCCAGCUAAACUUGAUUCUGGGGACGUGGCUUGUGCCCCAGUGGUUGCUAAAGACAUGGAUCCAUCUCCAGCAGUUGCUCAGGAGCUUUCAGAGACAGAACUGGAUAAUCAGGACUUGAGAAAUCCUGAGCUGCCUUUGCAAAACUUGUCUGGAGGUGAGCUGGAGUUUCAAGACACUGGCAGUGCCCUGGAGAGGGUCGUGGGCAGGGACCUGCCACCUUCCCUUGAUCUUCCCGUCAAUGAUCUGGAUGCUGCAGAUCUGGGCUGUUCUCCAGCUGCUGAUGGUGCCUUUCCUGCAGCCACUGAGGCUCAGACCCACCUCCCACAGACAUCACCGACUGAACUUGAUACCGAGGACGUGGCUUGUGCCCCAGUGGUUGCUAAAGACAUGGAUCCAUCUCCAGCUGUGGCUCAGGAAAUUUCAAGGACAGAACUGGAUAAUCAGGGCUUGAGAAAUCCUGAGCUGCCUUUGCAAGACUUGUCGGGAGGUGAGCUGGGGAUUCAGGACUCAGGCAGUUCUCCAGAGACAUCACAGGUUGUGGGCAGGGAUGUGCCACCUUCUCCUCAUCUUCCUGGGAAUGAGCUGGGUGCUGUGGACUUGGACCAUUCCCCAGCUGCCAAUGGUGACUUCUCUGCAGCACCUGAGGCUCUGAUCCACCUUCCCCAGGCAGCUCUGAGUGAGGAGGUCCAGGACACUGUCAGUGGUCUGGAGAAGAGUCAGGUCAUGGGCAGGGCCCUGCCACCUUCUCCUGACAUUCCCGAGAACAUUCUGGAUGCUGCGGACAUGGGAUGUUCCGCAGUUGCCGACGUGGACUUUUCCAUAGUGACUUUUUUAAAGUGUUCCACAGUGAAAAGGCAGAGUUUGAAAGAGCCUGGUGGCCGCAAUAAAAAGCGGGGAACCGCUUCAUUUGUGGAACAAAACUCUGUGGAGGUCAUGGACAGAGUGGAAGAGUUUGAGUGCAGACCCUUCCAAGUGCACGUCUCAAGGAUCGUCUCUUCCGGACGCCUCAAAAAUGGAAAGGUAGGAGCAACUUUGUAA